AUGCUCAAACCCCCCAUAAACAACUACUGCGUCUACAACGACACCGUAACCGUCAUGAUCGUCGGCGGCCCCAACCAACGCACAGACUACCACAUCAACGAAACACCAGAAUGGUUCUACCAAUACAAAGGCUCCAUGCUCCUCAAAAUCGUCGACGAGUCACAACCUCCCAGCCAGCAAUUCCGCGACAUCCAUAUUCACGAGGGCGACAUGUUUCUUUUACCGCCAAACACGCCGCAUAACCCCGUGAGGUUCAAGGAUACGGUGGGUGUGGUGCUGGAGCAGAAGAGGCCAGAGGGGAGUUUGGAUCGAUUGAGGUGGUAUUGUCAGGCGUGUGCCGGGAUGGUGUAUGAGGACGCUUUUCACUGUACGGAUUUGGGCACGCAGAUUAAGGAGGCGGUGAAUGCGUUCAAGGCGGAUGUGGGCAAGAGGACGUGUAAGAAUUGUGGCACGGUGUGUGAUACUGCGCCUAAGCCCAAGGAGUGA